GGAGAAGCAACAUGGGAGAGCUUCGCAUCCACUCCGUUCUGGUGACUGGGGCCAACCGGGGAAUCGGCCUGGGGCUUGUCCGGCAUUUCCUGGGGAUGCCAAAUCCACCCAAGUGGGUCUUUGCGGCUUGUCGGGACCCCAAGGGACAGCGAGCGCAGGAGCUACAGAAUUUGGCCUCCAAGCACCCCAACCUGGUCAUCAUUCCACUCGAAGUCACGGAUACCGCCAGCAUCAAGGCAGCUGCAGACAGAGUUGGGGAGCACCUGGGGGGCUCAGGACUGACCCUCCUCAUCAACAACGCUGGGAUUGCAAAGCCAAACUCACUUGAUAAUGAGACACUGGAGGACAUGACCCAGGUGUACACCACCAACACGGUUGGGCCCCUGCUGCUGGGCCAGGCAUUCCUGCCCUUGCUGAAGAAAGCUGCUCAGGGGAGCCCAGGCUCAGCACUGAGCUGCAGCAAGGCAGCCAUCAUCAACAUGUCCAGCUCUGCGGGCUCCAUUGAGGAUCCUUAUUUAUGGAAUUAUGGACAAGCUGUCUCGUACCGCUGCAGUAAGGCUGCUCUGAACAUGCUGACCAAGUGCCAGUCCCUGGGCUACCGGCAGCAUGGCGUCCUCUGCGUUGCUCUCCACCCUGGCUGGGUGCAAACCAACAUGGGGGGCACAGCAUCACAAAAGCCCCCUGUGACAGUGGAGGAGAGCGUGGGAGGGAUGCUGAAGGUGCUCUCCUCCCUCUCUGAGAAGGAGACUGGGACCUUCUUGGACUGGAAGGGGAAAGUUGUGCCCUGGUAAGAUAUCAGCAGGUCCCUUUUCUGAUGCACCAAAUUGUCCCUGUGUCUUAAUAAAUUUGUGUCUGUAAACAAUAAAUAGCACUGUUUGAGCCUUCCUCUUGAACUCCUUUUAACUAUUAUUGUGAGAGUAU